CUUCGGCUAGACAAGGGAUUUCUUUUCCAGGGCUGUGGCGCAUAACACUGACUGGGACUGCGGCUUUUAAAGUUUGAUACAAUUUAGUUACCAUUCAUACAAAGCACAAAAUGAGGGAAAUCGUUCAUUUGCAAGCUGGACAAUGCGGAAACCAGAUCGGCGCUAAGUUCUGGGAGGUGAUCAGUGACGAGCAUGGUAUUGACCCGACCGGCGGUUACCUUGGAGACAGUGACCUGCAGCUGGAUAGGAUCAAUGUGUAUUACAAUGAAGCAUCUGGUGGAAAGUAUGUGCCACGUGCAGUCCUGGUCGAUUUGGAGCCAGGGACUAUGGAUUCGGUGAGAUCUGGACCUUUUGGCCAGAUUUUCAGGCCAGACAACUUUGUCUUUGGCCAGAGUGGAGCUGGGAACAACUGGGCCAAGGGCCACUACACUGAAGGAGCUGAGCUGGUGGACUCGGUCCUGGAUGUGGUGAGGAAGGAGGCUGAGAGCUGUGACUGCCUGCAGGGCUUCCAGCUCACCCACUCUCUUGGUGGGGGCACUGGCUCUGGCAUGGGCACCUUGCUCAUCAGCAAGAUCAGAGAGGAGUACCCCGACCGCAUCAUGAACACCUUCAGUGUGGUGCCUUCACCAAAGGUGUCGGACACUGUGGUAGAGCCCUACAACGCAACCCUCUCUGUCCACCAGCUGGUUGAGAACACAGAUGAGACCUACUGCAUUGACAAUGAGGCCCUCUACGACAUCUGCUUCCGCACCCUCAAACUCACUACACCCACAUAUGGAGACCUGAACCACCUGGUGUCCGCUACCAUGAGCGGGGUCACAACCUGCCUGCGCUUCCCUGGCCAGUUAAACGCCGACCUCCGUAAGCUAGCUGUCAACAUGGUUCCCUUCCCCCGUCUGCACUUCUUCAUGCCCGGCUUUGCCCCCCUCACCAGCAGGGGGAGCCAGCAAUACCGCGCCCUCACUGUUCCUGAACUCACUCAGCAGAUGUUUGAUGCCAAAAACAUGAUGGCCGCCUGUGAUCCACGGCACGGGCGCUACCUGACUGUGGCUGCCGUCUUCCGAGGCAGGAUGUCCAUGAAGGAGGUUGACGAACAGAUGCUGAAUGUACAGAACAAGAACAGUAGCUAUUUCGUGGAAUGGAUCCCAAACAACGUCAAGACUGCCGUCUGCGACAUCCCACCCCGGGGCCUCAAGAUGGCCGCCACCUUCAUUGGCAACAGCACUGCUAUCCAAGAGCUGUUCAAGCGCAUCUCCGAGCAGUUCACUGCCAUGUUCAGGCGCAAGGCCUUCCUCCACUGGUACACUGGAGAAGGGAUGGAUGAAAUGGAGUUCACCGAGGCAGAGAGCAACAUGAAUGACCUGGUGUCCGAGUACCAGCAGUACCAAGAUGCAACCGCUGAAGAGGAAGGCGAGUUUGACGAGGGAGAAGAGGAGGACCUGGCUUAAGCUUUUCAUUCCUUGCUGUCAAACUAAAACCCCAUGAUGUGAUCCACUUUGUGAAACCUUGUUUUUGUUUUUACACCUUUCAGUAUCAAGUUUGAAUGUCGUAACGCCGCUUGGCAACCAACAUGUGCUGUCACUGUAUGAUUAACAACAUUCAAUAAAAGCCCUACAUUUGGUAGCAAA